CGUCUAAAGGAGCAUCCCACACGACUCCGACAGGACAAAGAUCUUAAAUUCAGUCUGAGGAGCGACGAGUGAAUGAAUGAGCGAUUGAAGGAUGAAGCUCUUUUAGAGUGACGGAGAGUUGAGGUCCGAUAUGGUGUUGUAGAGAUCCCCCACGCUCCCACAAUGGCCCAGAAAAACGGAACCAGAAACACAAACAAGGUCCCUAAAAAAUGGCGCAAAUGAAUGUGGAAAUCGUAAAAUGUAGGAAUUCAUUGGAAUAAAAAUCUUGAUACCAAAGGGAGUUGAUAAAAGAUCACAUCAAAUUUUGGUAUCAUUCGAAAAAUCAAGUUCCCCUUUGUUCUAGCUUUCUUCUCCUUCUUUUAGGUCUCUACUUGAAGACUGCACGACGAUAACGACACGUCGCCAAAAAUGAAAAUACAGGGUUGAUUGCAGACUGUCUUCGUACUGUCUGUUAUUGCAAAAGUAGAAACGAUUUCGUACUUGUCAAACUACCUAGUUUUCAACAACUACAACAAAUUUUACAGCAGAGGUUUAGGUGAUUUUCAAUCGCCUUGUGCACAAAAACAACGUUCUGAAACAACAGAAGAAUUAUACAAUCCACAGUCGGCGUGGUUGUCUACCAAAAAUCUACCAAAAACUUUUAUUCACGACUUAGGAGUGAAAAACACACAAAAUGAUGCGUCUGGCAGGUGCUACGAUGCUCCUUUCGGGAGUCGCUACUGCUGCUUCAACUGCCCCGGCUGCUGCUUCAACUGCCCCGGCUGCUGCUUCAACUGCCCCGGCUGCUGCUUCAGCUGCCCCGGCUGCUGCUUCAGCUGCCCCGGCUGCUGCUUCAACUGCCCCGGCUGCUGCUCCAGCUGCCCCGGCAGUCCCGGCUGCUGCUCCAUCUGCUGCCCCUCAGGUACUUUUAGUAGAGAAUAUGAGGUCUGGAAGUGCCGACUUCAAGAUGUCUGUAUAUACUUAGAUAUCAUCUGGAAGACGAAACGUCCUCGGUUAUCAAGGGUGGUCUCUUGGUGAAUUAUAAGAUGCUAGUAGUAGUGAUAUAUGUCAGUGUAGCUGUCAUAUCUACCUAGCGUGACUCCUAACGUGACUCAAAACGUUGCUCAUGUAGCUGGACUGUGAUGCUUCUGAAUAGAAAUUAAUAUCACUAGAAGCCAUUAGGCCAUUCUUCUAUGCGCUGUUCAUUCUGCUUCAAAGCUUACCGUGCCACACCACUGACCAUUCUACCAGUCAACUCAACGUCAUCAACUACUUAACUUGUUUCUUGAUAAAACACUAGUAAAAUAGAUACCGUUUCCAUUCUUGAUAAAACACUAGAAAAAUAGAUACCGUUUCCAUUGCUAAAAACACACCAACACCGAAGGACUACUAACCUAGGUGAUAGAUUUGGUAAAACAUAAACAACAAAAACAGGUUCCCAACGAGAUCGGGUCGGAUUCCUUCAGUCAGGUGUUGAAGAAGGUUGAGGGUACGGACGACAGCAACUUUGGCAUCCAGGCGUGGUCUAAAAUGGCCGCAGAGAAGGGCCUCCUGUUCGAGAAGCUGGAUCCGGAGCUCAUCAAGCUGUUCAUGUCCGAGCAAGUCGUGGGGCAGUUUCCUGAGGAAAGGCUCGAGGUGCGCAGCGACCAUCGUGCUGAAGAUGAAGCUCAACAUCCUGGUAAUUGCUUUUAUUUCUUCUUGACGUGGUGGCAUUUCCUAUCAUCCUCUGGGAAUCGUCUCAUCCUAGUUCGUCCUGACUGGGGUCCAUCUCCUUCAUUCUGGCCCUUGCCUCGCGCUUUGCCCGUUAUUAUCCUCUCAGAAGGCGAAGCCUUUGCGUUGCUUAAUCAUGAUAAGAAAUCGAAUUACCAGCUUCUAGGACAACUAGAGCCAACACAGUGAAAUUUUUGUAUAAGCAGCAACCUUGUUGUAGUGAGACCAUCGUUGUGGUCUUGGAUUCCCUGCUCGAUUGAAUUUGAAGUCCGUGGUGGCGUAGUGGAAGUCGUCUUUCAAUAUUCCCAUCCUGCACUUUUACUUAUUCCUUCGGUCAAACACUAGGCAGCCCCACGAAAAUAUUACAGGUUAUGUCCUUGUCGGAACUGAUGGAGUUGAGAUUCCGAGCACUGUUGCCGAGGCUUUGACCAUGGUACUCGCGGCAGACCCGAGCGUGAUUCAAGACGAGAAAGCCAAGGAAGUUCAGACGAAGGCUAACGUCAAGGUCGAUGGCACUACCUUUACUGUCCGUCAGAUUGCAGGUAUAGAUACUAGACAUAGUUUACUCACAGUUGUUCCUUGUACGUGGAGAUCCUGAGCAGUGCUAGCCUAGUAUGUCUUUGUUGCAGCACUAGAGACAAUUGAGUAGGAGCUCAUGGUAGUGCGGUAUCCGUCAGGAUCUUUAGACAGACCUCUACCACUUGCUGCGAAUCGCGCGAAAAAUUUGCCGACGUUGAUGCUUCACUUCUGGAAGAUAUUUCAUUGUUCCUAGAAAGAGAAAGUUAUAUUUCUAGACAUUUCCUCAAGUUCUACACCAACAACGUAUAGAGCAACAACUAAUUGAAAAAAAGGUCACAUCUGUUAAUCUUAAGCAUCAGAUGUUUACUGACGCGCAGGGCUGCGCCGGAAGCAGUCCCUCCAAAUCUAAUGAAUCAUCUAAGAUUACACUUGUAGCUCCACAUGAUCGAAUCAAGCGUCCUGCAACAUUUUGCACCUCCUACAACAACCACACCAGGUUACUUGGGUGAUUGGUACAAGGCCUAUGUGGCCGAGUCCAACAAGGAAGCGCGUGAUUCAGUAGCUGCACCCAUGAAGAGCCUGCUCAAAGCACAGGUCGACAAGUUCCCGCUGGACAAGCAGCUCCUGGAGGCGAAGGCUCGUCUAGCGCGUGCGGAGAAGGAGUACAACGAGUACGCUGGCGUGGAAGGAGAAAUGCAACUCAGACCGUGGCGUGAGGCGCAAGAGCAAGCUCGUAAAGAGGAAGAGGAGGUAUUGAAACUCCGACGUGAAAUCGCAUCGCUGAAAGCGGGUGAGGCGGUGCUUCGCAAUCAAGCAGCUGCCCUGAAGCGCAAGCACGAGGGCGCAGAUACGGCGGAGAAGAAAUACGAGAUUGCGGAAAAGUUGGCGAUGAUCAUGGACCAAGCGCAGACCUCCACUGCUAAGCGCGAAGCUUCCGAGGCAGAGCUCCGAAAGUUGGAAGAUGAACGCGCCAGCUUCUACCCGGUGCUCAACGCUGGAGUCCGAGCGAUCAAAGGUCCCCAUCAGGAUAAAUGGGAAAAGCAUCCUUUGCAGUCCGAGAAGUUUGCAGAGGCGGAAACUGAGCGAUUCACCGAGCUAGACUCGAUUUGGUCCGCCAAAUACGAGGAGGUGGAGCGCGCCCAGAAGGCAGUCAAGGAAAUCGAAGAAAAGAUGGCGGCCGCCGAAGAAGCUGUCAAGGAAGCUUCCAAGGCCGUUGAGGAGCCUUUGGCCAAGCAGAUUGAACUCUUGAUCGAGAUCAACGGCCACAAGUUGCCGCAGGAACGCAUUCGCGAACUCUUCCGCGUGUUCUUCCAGCAGAAGCACGUCAGCAUCGAGUUCUUCCACGACGUCUUCGCCGGUUUCAUCACUGAUGCAGUCGCAAGACUCGACAAGGAUGCGCUAAAUGCGCAUGCUGUUAUCGUCAAUGAUACCGAGUACCUCAAGACGGACGCGGACUACCUCGCAAAGAAGGAUCAGCUGGCCGCACUGCAAGAAAAGGAUGCAGACUACAAGAAGAAGUGGGCGCAUCUCGAGAAGACGACAAAGCAGUUGGAGGCGCUCGCGCAGCAGGAGCAGGACCAUAUGGACACCUGGAGGGAGAAGUUGCAGAAUGCGCGACACAGCAGAGAUGGUUUUUCUACGGCCCUAACUACAUUCAGGCAAAACACUAAACCAUCUCUCGAAAAAGGUAAGGUUGAGGCCCUUGAAAAACUCAAGGCCUUCCACGAUAGUCUACCCGAUCCCAAUCAACUUUCGCAGGAGCAGAGUGAGAUCCUAGAGACGCUUCGAAAGGAAGCAGAAUCCUAUCCAUCGCUCUUGCGGGAGGAGAAGGAUCUGGAACGCAAAUUGGGAUUCUUCACGGAAGAAGCCGACAGAUGGAGCACUCGCAUCCAGAUGUUCGAAAAAAAGAAGGCCGAGCUCAUAGAGGCAGAGCGGGAAGCAGGCUCCGCGUUCGGAGUGGCGGAAAAGAAGCGCGAUGAGGAACAGAAAAAAUUCGUCACGGAGGCCUUGAAGCCGUUGCGCAACUUCUUCGAAGUUGUGGGCAUGGUUAAAGCUGGAGAGGAGUGCCUGACGGGUGUUUACUCGCAGGAAGAAUUUCGAUCUCCCCUAGUGCUGCCUACGAAUGCUGAUGACAGGCGCGCAGUUGAAGGAGCAAUCCGAGGACAUACUGCCCUGUCGAAACUCCUCUACAACUCCGACGAUGAUGGACAACGCCGUGUCGUGGAUGAUCGGGAGCUGGGAUCUAAGUUCAUUGACCAGUACAGUGAGAAGCUUCUUUCGUACAAUCGCGAGAACGAGCAGCCGCGACUGGCGUCUGGAGAGCCGCUCCUGAGCUGCUUGGUCAGCGCCUUUCAUCCGGGCAUCAACUCUGACUCCCGUCUGAAUACCGGCCGUCUGAUGAAUGUCGCCGAGGACAACGCCCGCAAGGAAUGGUCGACCGUUCCCGUUCCGCACUACAAGAACCUCGGAGUGCUCCUCGGCUUCGACAGCCUCGACAAGUUCCGUCCGCUCACCAAGAUUAUCGUUGAUGAAGGAGAGGAGAGCAAGAAGUUCGAAGUCGAAGUGACCAACCAUGGCCAGGCUAACAGCUCGAUCACGACUCGUGUGGCAGACGACAACGAGGCUCUCACUGCUGAAGAGGUCGCCGCUCUGCAUCCGCGCGACCUCGAGGAGCAACGCAGUCUUGCCAGAACUUACAAGGUCACCGCGAAUACCCGCAGCACUGUCUUCUACGGCUCUCUGUUCCUCGGUGGUGCGCCUCUGGAGGAAGGUGUGAUUGACGAGGUCGUGAAGCGCAUUGCGAACCGUUUGUUGCGCGCUGCCGUUGUCCCGGACGAGAAGCAGGAAACAGGCAUGGCCGGAUGGAAGAUCGCUUUGAUCAUCGUGUUGCCGUUGAUCGCGGGAGCGCUGGCCGGAUUCUUCAUCUGGAAGUUCUGCUGCAACAAGAAGGAGACCGCUGUCGAAGUGUAGACCGCUGUUGAAGUGUAAAGGGAGGUGUACUAAGUACUUGGAUGGUAGUCUAGUUUACUAGUGUCGAAGUGUAAAGGGUUUAGUCUAGUUUACUAGAACUAAUCUAGUUUACUCUUCUCGGAGGGACGACCACUAGACUAGUUUCAUCAAGUCUAAGUAGUUUAUAACGAGAAGAAGGAACAAAAGUUAGGUGACUGCGAAGUAGUUUUUCUACAUCGUAGAUUGAAGAAGAAGAACAAGAAGAAGAUUGUAGGUGUAAAAGAACUACAAGCAGUAAGAAUAAUGCCAAUUGUCAAGGGAAUGACGGGAGUAGAGUUGGGUCCACGACUUCUUUUUUGACGUCAUUUUACAUGAAGAAUGUACAACAAAACUAGAACUAGUUCGUCGAGUAUAUAGUAUGCAAGAGGGAGAAGAUGGUAGAUGAUGAGAUACUACAACACGAGGACUAGGAGAACUAGUAAAAGGGUUAAGGUGGAGGUAGGACAUUGAUUUUCUUGGCAAUUCUUCUGUUGUUGAAACUACGCGUUGUUAUCGUUGAUUCUUUAGUAGCUCGACAUUGAUGUAAUAUCGUGUCCGUCUAGGGUCUUCGCUACCGGUUCGUUUUCGUACCGUUGCCGAGGCCUUGAGAAGGAGGACAACCUAGUGCAGAGUAGCGAAUAAGGGUUGGAUGAUCCAUGACCUCGAAGUACUUACAAAGUCUGUGGCGUAGGAGCAGAACCUCAACGUUAGAAGAGGUGGGCUUGUCCACGAUCUGGGUUGUGUCUGGGAGACGUGACAAUGGAAGUACUGGAAGAAUUGUUUUGACAUUUUUACAAGAACAUCAACCGUUGGCUUUAUUGAAGUGAGAGUAGAAGUUGUUAUCCUUAUCUAAGAACUACUAUAUCAGAUUGUCAGUACGAUGGACAAGAAGAUCUUCAUGAAAUCGUUCUUUCGUAUGUUGCCUAGCUGUUGUUGAAACGUGGUUUAUUCAAUCAUGUGGCUAUUUUUGGGUCAACUAUGUCUGCCUGGUGGCAGAUAUAGCUUUCCCCCAUUGCACUGACUCUGAAAAUCUGCAUUUUCUCGGCUCAGUCCCUGGUGAGGGACGGCCUCCCUCUCUUUAUCUCUGACUAGUUGUGCCAUGCAGCUUACUGACUCAUGGUAAGUGUAAUUGAUUCACACUUGGAAUUUCCUGAGUCAUAUCUGACUUGAGGAUCGAUUGGGGGUUAGGAGAAGGAAGAGCAAGGUUGUCUUACAAGGGUCUACCUUCUCUCAGGAGACUGAAGGUGGAAGAAGAAUUAUUGCAGAUGAAGAAAAGACUGUCAUAAGGCACGCAACUACGUAGAUACUGAUAUAAUAAUAAAUGCACCAGCGAGAAUUGCCCCAUACAGAGGUCCAUUGCUUCUAACGGUCUCUGGGUGGGACGUAGAAGAGAAAACUUUAAACAGAGGAGGAUUAUCGCUUUGCACUAAAACUGAUGUGAAAGUAGGGGCGUCGCGAGUGGUGGUUCCUGCCGCUGGAACCACAGGCCCUCCCAGUCUAC